ACUCAUGACGUCAUCAAAUCUCUGUCUCGCCGUUUCUCCAAGGGAACAUGAUCAUGGGUCGCUUCAGACUGAAUCUUGAAGAUAAGCAACACACUUCCCACAUUUUCUAGCAAACACUUCUUCAUCUUAAAACCUCCUCUGCGCUUGCUAGUAACACAGCGGUCAUACAGACAAAAAGGAUAUAAAAAGAGCGAGCGCACUUCCUAUUAGGCUAUCAUGUUGGGUAGCGGUAAGAAAGCUGGGACGUCAGAAUCAAAGCCACACGACCCUCUGAAGGAUUUAGGUGUUGAGAAUGAUGAAGAUGUGAAGCGGAUGCUGAAGGGUUCCAGCAUGGUGAAGGUUCGAUCACCUCGCUGGCAGAAAAGACGUACUCUCAAGCUCCUCGAUGAUGGGGUCACUAUCUGGUGCCAGUCCAACAAGACCUCCAGCAGGGCCAAGGAACUACAGUCCUUCUCAGUAACAGAUGUGGAGUGUGUACGUGAGGGCUGCCAGUCGGAGACCUUACGACGUGCAGCAGACUCCGUCCCCGAGGGCCAGUGUCUGACAGUGGUCUUCAAGGGCGGCAGAAAGAGCCUAGAUUUGUGUUGCCAGAGCGAUGAAGAAGCAAGGCAGUGGGUCCGUGGCAUUCGCACCCUCCAGGAACGUGCAGAAAACAUGACCCAGAAGGAAAAGCUUGACCAUUGGAUUCAUGGUUACCUGAGACGGGCCGACCAGAAUCACGAUGGGAAGAUGAGCUACGAGGAGGUUCAGACCUUGCUGCAGAUGAUCAACAUUGACCUCAGUGAGCAGUACGCGUCCACCCUAUUCAAGAAGUGUGAUCGCUCCCUGGACAACCGCCUGGACCACAAUGAGAUAGAAAUGUUCUGCCGGGAGAUGUUACGACGACCUGAGCUAGAUGCCGUCUUCCAGGGCUACUCAUCUAACGGAUGUGUUCUCUCUACCGUGGACCUGAGAGGAUUCCUGAAGGACCAAGGAGAGGAUGCCUCUGUAGCCCAUGCUCAGAGUCUAAUCCUCACUUAUGAGCUCAACGAGUGGGCUCAGAAGAACCACUUCAUGACACCUAAUGGUUUCACCAUGUACAUGCUGUCCCACGAGAAUGCUGUGUUUAACCCUGACCAUGCAAGGAUCUACCAGGAUAUGACCCGGCCCUUGGCCCAUUACUUCAUUUCCUCUUCGCAUAACACCUACCUCACUAAAGACCAGCUGACCGGGGACAGCAGCAUAGAGCCUUAUAUCAGGGCCCUGAACCAUGGCUGUCGUUGUGUAGAGCUAGACUGUUGGGAUGGUGAUAAAGGAGAACCAGUUAUCUUCCAUGGUCACACACUAACCUCCAAAGUGUUGUUCACAGACGUCAUUGAGACUAUAGCAGAGUACGCCUUUAAGAGCUCACCCUAUCCUCUGAUCCUUUCCCUGGAGAACCACUGCUCAGUGGAGCAGCAGACAGUGAUGGCCCGACAUCUGCGCUCCAUUCUUGGAGUCAAGCUGCUCACCAAGCCCCUCAACGAAGAGCAGCUCCAGACUUUACCCUCACCAGAGGCUCUUAAGGGAAAGAUUCUAGUUAAAGGGAAGAAGAAAAGUGUGACAGAGCUGCAGAGUUCCUCCAGUUCCUCAGACGUCAGUUCCUCAGAAGAAGAGAGCUCCAGGGCAGACAGGAAACACAAGAGGAGCGCAGAGGAGAAGAAGCCACGUGUCUCAAAGCUGAGUGCAGAACUGUCAGAGCUGGUGGUAUAUACUCGCAGUGUUUCCUUUAAAGGUUUUGAGGUCAAGAAACUACCAACUGAGAUGUCCUCCUUCUCAGAGAGUGAGGCCCUCAAACAUAUCAAAGACUCAGGGAAGUAUUUUGUACGUCACAACAAUCAUCAGCUGAGCCGGAUCUACCCCUCAGGCCAGCGCCUCCAGUCUUCCAACUAUGACCCACAAGAAAUGUGGAAUGGAGGUUGCCAGAUUGUGGCAUUAAACUUCCAGACUCCAGGUGAACAGAUGGACUUGAACCAGGGGAGAUUCACACCCAACGGCCUUUGUGGCUAUGUCCUCAAACCGUCCUUCAUGUGCCAGCCUGACUGUAACUUUAACCCAUACAAUACUGGGGGUGGGCCUGGCCACAACCCCAUCCAUCUCACCAUACAGGUGAUCUCGGCCCAGCAGCUUCCUAAGCCUGAGUGGGACAAGCCCAGCUCGAUAGUGGACCCUUGGGUGUGGGUGGAAACACAUGGUGUUCCUAUAGACAACAACAAGGAGAAGACCCACCGCAUUGAUAACAAUGGGUUUAACCCUCGGUGGGACUGUACUUUCAACUUCACUCUGCACGUGCCUGAGCUCACAUUGGUACGCUUUCUGGUAGAAGACCAUGACUACACUUCCAGAAAUGACUUCCUGGGGCAGUUUAGCCUGCCCUUUUCCAGCAUGCGCACAGGUUACCGACAUGUUCCCCUGAGGAAGGUUGAUGGCUCCAGCCUGUCCCCCAGCUCUCUCUUCAUUCACAUCAAGGUCACGCCCUGCCACAGCAGCCCCACCAAGAGCCCUACCAAGAGCCCCACUGCUGAGAAGUCACCAUGUAAAUUACCAGCCAAAAAGACUUAGUUUGUGCACUCUGAUUGUGUCAGACUGUUGUGAGAAAUUCAGAAUUGUACUAAUAUGUGACACACUCUGGUGAAAAGGGGCCAUUGUCGGCCAAGUUCAUAGGUUAUAAUCUAAAUAAGGUUUAUAUUUAUAGCAAAAUAUGUACAGACUAUGCAAAAUUAUUGUUUCAACAGUUUUAUUGAAUUCUAUGAGGUUCACUACAUAGCCAUUUGUGUGUAGACAGGUAAUCGCAAUUCGUAUGUUAUGACAUUGGCGGCAACAAUAAUUGUAAUGGUAAAAGGAAGUAGCCUAUAUUUUGUAAAUCGCAUACACAUAACAAAUAAAUUAAUCUCUGAAAUA